CCGUCGUCUCGCCUUUUUAUAUGUAUUUGUUUCAUCUCCCAGCGAGAGCUCUUUAAACCGGCACGCAUUUAUUUGGAAAUUUUAAUUGAUAGCUCGUAUCAGUUGCAUUUAAAUCAUGGCAGGAAGACUUGCUACAAGGCUGAGCAGCGUUCGAUCGACAUUAUUCCUCUGCGAUAUGCAGGAGAAGUUCCGGCCCAGCAUCCAAUACUUCAACGAAGUGGUUUUCAACUCGUCCCGGCUCUUGAAAGUAGCCAAACUACUAGACAUGCCUGUUGUCUGCACUGAGCAAUACCCUAAAGGUCUUGGAGCCACUGUGCCCGAAUUGGGAAUUCAGGAAUUCGGAAUUGUGCCUGUUGAGAAAACACAGUUUUCGAUGGUCUUGCCACAGAUCCUAGACAAUCUCAAGAGAAACCACGACCAGGUGAAUACUGUCAUUCUUUGUGGAAUCGAAACCCACGCCUGCAUCCAUGAGACCGCUCUUGACCUUCUCGAAAAAGGUUAUGGUGUCCAUGUGGUGGUUGAUGCUUGCUCUUCCAGAAGCAUGCUUGAUAGGAAAUACGCAUUCAAACGUUUGGAAUCGGCUGGCGCAAUUCUCAACACCUGUGAGGGGGUAGUUCUUGCUCUUGCCCAGGAUUCAAAGCACCCAAAGUUCAGAGAAUUGCAGAAAAUCAUUUGGGAAGUUGGACCUGACACUGGACUCCUCAGAUAGUUACCCAAUUGAAUUUGAUUUAAAUAGAAGAGGCUGCUUUGGUGAUUAAAAGAUGGAAAUGCACAGUACACAUUUAAUGAGUAAAAUCCAUCGCAUUAAAGUGAAUCGACGAUUAUAAAUAAAUCCUAAUUAUUUUUAUGAACAUAUAUAAGUGAAUGUUGUAACUCCAAAAAAAUUAAGAAUACAGUUAAUAAAAUGGUGCUAUUAUUGUGUGAUCAUUUCAAUAAUGCUAUCAGUAACAAAUAUAUUAUUGAUGGUACAUUAAUUUCACUUU